GCACCUGGAUUUGAGCAAACGGCCAAAGAUUGCGAUUUGGAAAUACGCACAUACCAUUCUGGAUUCGAUAUUAGCAAGGAUUUACCCGCAGUGCACAAAGCCGCCCGGAAAAACCUGAAUUGCUUUCGUUCUGCUGUUCAGGCCACUGAAAAUCGCGUCGUGUCCAUCGGCCAUUCUAUUGUGGAAACUCAUAGCUCAAUUGAAAAACUCGACGUAGCUAGAACGCGUGCUCUAAUGAAUGAGCUACAACAAAAAGUGGACGAAAUAAAAGAACGUCUGCGUGCGGAAGAUGCAGCCGGGGAAUCGUCAGCACGUGUAUUGUCCGAAAAACGGUUGUCCGCCUCUGCAAAAGUAGAAGAACUACAUAAUCGUGAAAAGUUGCUCGAAGAUCGACUGACCGAAUUGAAGGUAUGCAUGUUCAUGUUUAUAGGACUCAGUUUUCAUUGCUUUUUUGACUGA